AUGAAUGCCCACCCCAAGGAGAUGGUGCCCCUCAUGGGCAGAAGAGCUGCUGUCCCCAGUGGGAACCCUGCCGUCCUGCAGGAGAAGAGGCCAGCAGAGAUCACCCCCACCAAGAAGAGUGCACACUUCUUCCUGGAGAUAGAAGGGUUCGAUCCCAACCCCACUGUCUCCAAGACUUCUCCCCCGGUCUUCUCCAAGCCUAUGGACUCCAACAUCCGGCAGUGCCUCUCUGGGAACUGUGAUGACAUGGACUCACCACAGUCUCCUCAGGACGAUGUGACAGAGACCCCGUCCAAUCCCAACAGCCCCAGUGCAAACCUGGCCAAGGAAGAGCAGAGGCGGAGGAAGAAGCGGCUGAAGCAGCGCAUCUUUGCAGCCGUGUCAGAGGGCUGCGUGGAGGAGCUGCUGGAACUGCUGGGGGAGCUGCAGGAACUUUGCAAACGGCGUCGUGGCCUGGACGUGGCUGACUUCCUCAUGCACAAGCUGACGGCCUCUGACACGGGGAAGACCUGCCUGAUGAAGGCCUUGUUAAACAUCAACCCCAACACCAAGGAGAUUGUGCGGAUCCUGCUGGCUUUCGCGGAGGAGAAUGACAUCCUGGACAGGUUCAUCAACGCUGCAUACACAGAGGAGGCCUACGAAGGGCAGACGGCGCUGAACAUCGCCAUCGAGCGGCGGCAGGGAGACAUCACCGCGCUGCUCAUCGCCGCGGGCGCCGACGUCAACGCCCACGCCAGGGGGGUCUUCUUCAACCCCAAGUACCUACACGAGGGCUUCUACUUUGGCGAGACCCCACUGGCUCUGGCGGCGUGUACCAACCAGCCCGAGAUUGUGCAGCUGCUGAUGGAGAAUGGGCAGACGGACAUCACCUCACAGGACUCACGGGGAAACAACAUCCUACACGCGUUGGUGACAGUGGCUGAGGACUUCAAGACACAGAACGACUUUGUGAAGCGCAUGUACGACAUGAUCCUGCUGAGGAGCGGGACGUGGGAGCUGGAGACCAUGCACAACAAGGACGGGCUCACGCCACUGCAGCUGGCUGCCAAGAUGGGCAAGGCCGAGAUCUUGAAGUAUAUCCUCAGUCGUGAGAUCAAGGAAAAGCUACUCCGUAGUCUGUCCAGGAAGUUCACGGACUGGGCAUAUGGGCCUGUGUCGUCCUCACUUUACGACCUCACCAACGUGGACACUACGACAGACAACUCGGUGCUGGAAAUCAUCGUCUACAACACCAACCUUGAUAACCGGCAUGAGAUGCUGACCCUGGAGCCCUUGCACACGCUGCUGCAUAUGAAGUGGAAGAAGUUUGCCAAGUACAUGUUCUUCUUGUCAUUCUGCUUUUAUUUCUUCUACAACAUCACCCUGACUCUAGUCUCCUAUUACCGCCUCCGGGAAGAGGAGGCCCUCCCGCACCCCUUGGCCCUGACGCACAAGAUGGGGUGGCUGCAGCUGUUAGGAAGGAUGUUCGUGCUCAUCUGGGCCAUGUGCAUUUCUGUGAAAGAGGUGAGUGGCCCACUAAGCCCCUUGCAAGGCAAGGCAGAGUGACCACAGGCCUGGCUUUGAUGCACCCUCCUCUGCCUGACUAUGGGGAGGGGGGGUUCUGGGGAGUACUUCCUUUCUAAGCUUUAGAUUUUGUAGAUCCGAAAUUAGUUUCUUAGGCAGGCCUGUCCCACCUACUUUAUCUAUCCACCCCUCGAUCCCUCUAUCAGCCAUCUACCCUCCCAGCCACUCAGUGACCCGUCCUCCUGUCCCUCCAUCCACACAUUCGGUCACUUCUCUCCCUGACCCAGCCCUUCCUCUGGGUUUAUCAGUCAGUCCCUUGCCAACCACCCAACCGAGGAAUCGACAGGUAUAUUCUGAACACCUGCUAUACGUGCAGCCCUGGGGGAGGUGAGAGGGAGAGAGGGAGUUGGUGCUCUUUAACCUCACAGUCUUGUGGGGGAUUUCAGAUGGGCACAAACAUCUGGAUCCUAAAACGGAUGGUGUAAAGGGCCCUGUGUGGGGUUCAGACCAGCACUCAGAGGAAGAGAGAUGACUUUUACCUGGGGAGAGGUCAGGGAGGGAAAGCAUGAAAGCAGAGAUGGUAUUUAGUCUGCAAGGGCAGGAUUUGGCACGAGGGCACUGGAGAGAAGGUCAUUACCGAGUGGGCAGGGGGAGCAGCAUUAAAGGGCUCAGGGGCAGGAGAGCUAAUCCAUA